UCCGGACCCUGCAAGGGAGGAGAGGGGAGGGAACAUCAGUGCGGGCGAUACAGCAGCCGGGCCCGGACACAUCUCUCCCAGCCAAAACCGCUGCGCUGAGCUGGAACCUUGGACCAGGAAGUGCUUGUGCAACCCACCCACUCAGCCUCGCCUGGCUCUUGGCGUCGGAGGGGCUGCCCUCUGUCCGAUUUCCUCGCUAUCUGGGAAAGCAGCUGGGCCUUCACUCACUGGACAUCUCAGGCAGCGGUAGGAUGGCUUCAGGUAGGGAAGAACCUUCGCUGUUUUGAAACAAAAGAUCCACGGAGGGCCACGGUCCCGGCAAUUGCAGCCUGCACGUUCUCUCCCAGGGCCUUCCCACUGCCUGAAGCAUUUUCCUGUUGACCUACGCACCUCCAUGGAUGGCAAGUACAAAGAGCUUGCUGAGGAACUGUUUUGUCGCUCACUGGCUGAGAGUGAAAUGCGCAGUGCCCCAUAUGAAUUCCCAGAAGACAGCCCCAUUGAACAGUUAGAAGAGCGGCGCCAGCGGUUGGAGCGGCAGAUAAGCCAGGAUGUGAAAUUAGAACCUGACAUUUUACUCAGAGCCAAACAGGACUUCCUGAAAAUUGACAGUGCUGCCGACCUACAAUUAUUUAAAGAGCAGGGUGAAGACCUGGUAGAUCACCUUCCAAAAGAACGAGAUGUACUUUUGGAGAGAGAGUUCCAGAGGGUCGCCAUCUCCGGAGAAGAGACAUGUGGGGUGCCCUUCACAGACCUGUUGGAUGCUGCUAAAAGUGUGGUCAAGGCAUUGUUCAUUCGGGAGAAGUACAUGGGGCUUUCUCUGCAGAGCGUCUGCAAGACCACAGCCCGAUUCCUGCAGGAUCUUUCAGAAAAACCCUUAGCCCCCCGGAUGUAUGAGGAGAUCCCUGAGACUCCUGUGGCUGCAGAUGCUCCAGUACAUCCACCAUUUACAAACCAGCAUCCUUACGAGAAGUGUGAUCCUGAAUCGAUGCCUGGAGAUCUUGGCUUUGGCCUUAGGAUGGUCAAUGGAGUAGUUCAUGUGUACACCAAGCCGAGCAUCACUGACAAGACCACUGAACUGGACUUGCCUUAUCCUGACCUGCAGGAGUUUGUGGCUGACAUGAACGUUCUGAUGGCUCUGAUCAUCAAUGGUCCCAUAAAAUCCUUCUGCUAUAGGCGACUGCAAUACCUGAGUUCAAAGUUCCAGAUGCACGUCCUACUCAAUGAGAUGAAAGAGCUCGCUGCUCAGAAAAGGGUGCCACAUCGUGACUUCUACAAUAUCCGGAAGGUGGACACACACAUUCAUGCGUCAUCCUGUAUGAAUCAGAAGCAUCUGUUACGCUUCAUCAAACGAGCUAUGAAGAAACAUCUGGAAGAAAUUGUUCACGUGGAGAAGGGCAAGGAGCAAACCCUUAAGGAAGUCUUUGAGACCAUGAAUCUCACAGCAUACGAUCUCAGCGUAGACACUCUUGAUGUCCAUGCGGAUCGUAACACAUUUCAUCGUUUUGACAAGUUCAAUGCCAAAUACAAUCCCAUAGGAGAAUCUGUUCUGCGUGAGAUUUUCAUUAAGACAGACAACCGAGUCUCUGGAAAAUACUUUGCUCAUAUCAUCAAGGAAGUGAUGUCUGACCUAGAAGAGAGUAAAUAUCAGAAUGCAGAACUGCGGCUCUCUAUCUACGGCCGAGCACGGGAUGAGUGGGAUAAGUUGGCCAAGUGGGCUGUUACACACAAAGUGCAUUCCAACAACAUACGCUGGCUGGUGCAGGUGCCUCGGCUGUUUGAUGUAUACAAAACAAAGAAACAGUUGGCCAACUUCCAGGAGAUGCUGGAGAACAUUUUCUUACCGCUCUUUGAAGCUACCAUCAAUCCUGCUAGCCACCCAGAGUUGCAUCUCUUCUUGGAGCACGUGGAUGGUUUUGAUAGUGUAGAUGAUGAGUCCAAGCCAGAACACCAUAUCUUCAACUUGGACAGUCCCUUGCCUGGCAACUGGGUGGAAGAAGAUAACCCACCAUAUUCCUAUUACCUUUAUUACACAUAUGCUAAUAUGGUGGUGUUGAAUCAUCUGCGUAGGAAGCGAGGCUUCCACACCUUUGUGCUGCGACCCCACUGUGGGGAGGCAGGACCCAUCCAUCAUCUUGUGUCAGGGUUCAUGCUGUCAGAGAACAUAUCUCACGGCCUCCUGCUCCGCAAGGCACCUGUGUUGCAGUACCUCUACUACCUGGCUCAGAUUGGCAUUGCUAUGUCUCCACUUAGCAACAACAGUCUGUUCUUAAGCUACCAUCGUAAUCCACUACCAGAGUACCUGUCUCGGGGCCUCAUGGUCUCCCUGUCCACAGAUGAUCCCCUGCAGUUCCAUUUCACUAAGGAACCCUUGAUGGAGGAAUACAGCAUUGCUACACAGGUCUGGAAGCUCAGCUCCUGCGACAUGUGUGAACUUGCACGCAAUAGCGUGCUGAUGAGUGGCUUCUCCCACAAGGUAAAGAGCUACUGGCUUGGGCCCAACUAUCUGAAGGAGGGGCCUGAGGGCAAUGACAUCCGGCGCACCAAUGUGCCAGACAUCCGGGUAGCCUAUCGCUAUGAGACACUUUCCCAGGAGCUGACCCUCAUCACCCAGGCUGUGCAGACAGAGGAGCUGGAGACCAUCCAGGAGGAAGACCUUCUGACUAUGAGUUCUAGCCGGGAUGGUCGCUGAAAGAGACCCGUCCAUAAUCGGUCUCCCUUUCAGCCCCACGCUGGCUUGGCAAGCUGGGGCUGUUCUGUGAACGCAAGGAGAGCCUGACCCACCUCCCUCGUCCCAGAGACUUUUCUACUUUCCCAUCGUGCGUGUGUGUUUUUUCUUCUGUAUCUCCUGGAAAGGUUUUCAUGUUUUCUUUGCACUUGGUAACCUGCUGGGGCCUCCUGAGUGGUAAAUGAUUAGAAGCUUCUCCAGGAUUCAGGUCCAGGGACCAAGGAGAGCAUCUGUAGUGUGGGAAAGGCUGGUCAGAUUGUUUGUAAGCCAAAGAGGUAGGAAGGAAGCAUUCCAGUUCACUGCUGAAUAAACUCUGGAAGUCCUGGAACGUGAACACAGUUGCUCUGCGGCAAAACGAAGCACCAGCGUGUCACCACGUGUCCUGAGUGAAAUCUGGCUGUGCCUAGGCCAAAGUGUUCUGAGGGUGCCUUGUGCUACCUUGCUUUUGUUUCAGGGGGUUCCCAUUGGCUGGCCAAGCAUCUUUGAGGGGCUUGAGCCAGCCCUGCGUUGUGCCAUCAGGGCAGCACGUUGCUGUCAAUCUCACUAUGUGAGAGCCUCCACUUUUCAGUGUUAAGCUCUUGUAUGAAGUGUGGCAAGAGACAGAUUCUUUGCCUUUCCUUUCAAAGCCCGAUAAUGCUUGUCUUUUUUGGCUCAGGGAAAGCACUAACUUUUGAUUCCCUCCAUGCUUUAAAGGUGAAUGACUGUGUGCUACCUGGGACAGGGUGGACUUGAGAGAAUAGAGAUACUGCUGUUAGCAUGCCAAAUAUUGGCAUUUUUAACUUGUUCUGUACCUUUUGUAAAGCUCUUGGUCUCCCUCUACAACCAAGUACUAUAAAAAGUUCAGUGUGGUUAUUCAUGUAACAAGGAGAUUGAAAAUGAUUCUGGCAGGGGAAAAAUAAGGUAGCCCCCAUGGAGGAAAGACUUGGAGCCAAGAUACCUGCCUAGCAUGGAAGGAGUUUGGCAGAAAUGAUUACAAUUACUAUUAUACACCUUAGGUUCAAAAUGGAGAUGAUGAAGGAGGUCUGUGACAGCUCUGUUUUUAAAGCAAAUUUUUAAGUAGCUUCAGGCUUGAUUAGAUCAGUGACACUUGCCAACAAUUGGGGGACAUGUGGAAUUGUUUAAGCCAUUUACUGGGUCUAAACUGUGUUCCCAAAGUUGCUACUAGCUGAGGGAUGAUAGUGUCCUGUAGAGUUAAUUGCAAUUACAGGAGGAGGGGUUGAUAAAUCAGAAUCCUUGUCCAUGAAGGAAGAGUUUAUACACUCUGGCAGUGUUGCCCCGUAUUUUGACUGCUUCUCCUGGCAGCUGCUUUAAAGUUUAGGUUCCACCCCCACCCGUCACUGUUCUAGUGCCUAAUGCAGGAGCUCACUGGGAGAUGGAAAUUGCUUUUUGCUGGUUAGACUGCAGAGGAUUCAAACUGCUUGUUACACCUGACCCUCUUUUUCUUUUGAGUUGGGUUUGUGGGGGGGGGGGAGAGAGAG